GAGGGCGCGUUUAUUUCGAGGUGUGCUGUUCAGAAAUGCCGAGAGACACGGCAGCCGCGGAUGAAGCAUCAGGAAGAAUACGAGUGCGAGAAAGCAUCAAAACAGCAGCCGGUGAAAAACAACUGACACGUGACAGUCACUGACAGAAGUGAGAGCGGAACUGAUCUGACUCCUUCCAUGGACUGAAGCUCGGGGUUCUAAUGGAUGAAGAGGAAACGCAAAGAAAUAAGGUGACAAAGCAGGUGAAAGGGACUGUGGACCCUAAGAACAAUGUGGACAGAGGAUCCCCACAGACAACCACAUCGUCCUCUGAUAAGAAUGAGAACCAAAUCCAGGGAUCGGUGAGCGGGCACCAGCAGACCCAGCAAGACUGUGUCAACAACAACGAGACAGACCCCCACAGCAAGACAGGGGAUUCGAGAGGUCUGACACAGGGCCUUAACAACGAGACAGACCCCAACAGCAAGACAGGGGAUUCCAGAGGUCUGACACAGGGCCUUAACAACGAGACAGACCCUCACAGCAAGACAGGGUAUUGCAGAGGUCUGGCACAGGGCCUUAACAACGAGACAGACCCUCACAGCAAGACAGGAGAUUCCAGCGAUAGCCCGAGUGCCAACACUGAGGGGGUCAAGGGAAAAGGGACAUCUCCAAAAAGGAACGGAAAACGCAGAAAGGGCAUGGAGGCGGAAUCUUCAGGAGUGGUUCCUGAAGCCUGCACACAAGUGAUGCUAGACAGCAUCUCUAACGGUUCGCAGGGACACAGUGAGGAGGAGGAGGAUUUCCUGGAGGUCUCUACCAGCUGUCAACAGAAAAUUGAAAAAAUGAGUCUCCUGCAGUCGCUGUUCUCUUCACUCAAAGGUGGUAUGGAACCGAGCAGCUCCAGAGUGCUGCCACAGCGUCUCCACCAGAUAGCUGAGACCUACUUCCAAGAACAUGAUUAUGAAAAAGCAGUCCAGUUCAUCCAGCUGGAAAGACUGUAUCACGAGCAGCUGCUGUCCAACUUGUCAGCCAUUCAGAAGCAGUGGGAAUCCAGAAGGAAAGUAGCCCCAUCUCAGGAGACCAAGCCCUUCCGAAACACUCUGGAAGCUCAGGAGCUAGCAACGCUGACGAAGCUCUGCAGGACGCACCGACGGCCCACUCUUACUGCUGAAAAGCCUGUUGCAGGUGGGAAUGCAUUGAAAAACAGCCUUAUUGCAUUGAAGAAACCUGGCGAGCAAGGGAAACCUGACCUUAAAGCAACUACGUACAGUUCAGGUAACGGACCUGACAGAGAAACACUGAGGGAGGAAAAGGAAGGCAAACAAGUGGGCAUGUCGGACAGAGGGUCUUUUUCUGGGAGUGAAACCAGCAAAAGUGUUGUGGGCAGCCACCAGAGGGAGCCAUUAUGCAAUAAUAGUUCAUUGCAGGCCUCUGGCACACUUGGCCAGCCCUGCAGUGACUCUUUGUUUACUAAGAACACUGGUAGGGAGGGCAGCUGUUUCCAGCCAGAGGCAGAGGAGCUCCCUGAAGAUAUGCUGACAGAUGCAGCAACCUCACAGCAGCAGGGGGAGGGGGGUGGGGAGGAACCUCUGCCGACCAGGAGGGCAGAGCUAAUUGACACAGCGCAAAAGAAGCCUGUCUCCAGGCAAGCCCGUCCAGAACAGCAAGCAAGUGGCAUACAAUAUGACUCUUCUGCCAGUGGGGAGCAGGCUGGAGAAGGGAAUUAUCUGGGAGAAGAGGUAAAGGUGAAAGGCAAAGGUUUGUUGUCCUCACCUCCUCGAGAAGCAAGGGACGACUCAGAGAGCACCUCAGCAGGGAAUGAAGCCCUCCAGUCAGAGCACAUGAGUGAGCCGAAGGAGCUGGAAGGACAGGGAGGGGGCGAGGAGGAUGAGAAGGAGGAGCUGGGUCUGGAGGAAGGGGAAGCGGACUUGGAGAGCGAGGAUGUCUUGAAGGCCACAGGGAGAGCAGAGGAGGUAGAGAAGAAGGGAUCUCCUGACAGGGAUGUUGCCUCUUCCACGGGUGGAUCUGUGGUUAAAUCUGAGCUGGACACAUCCCCCCUUGCAUCCGUGGAUAUGUGGGGUCUGGACGACAGCACGCCCUCCCUGGAUGACCUUGCAAAGAGGAUAGAGAUUGAGGAGAUAACCCCGGCAGAGGGCCUGGUGUCCAUCCUGAAGAGGAGAGGCUCGCCUGACGCAGCAGAAAUGCCUCCAGUGAAGGUGAAAGGAGGGGCGAAACGGAGAGUUCGAUUCCAGGAGCCAGACGACGUGUUCGACCAGGACGAAGUGGGAAUGGACUCCUGCUUCCUGCUGGUUCUGCUGUGCGUUGUGACGGUUUUCAUCAGUGUGGGCGGUACUGCUUUGUACUGCACCUUUGGGGAUGUGGAGUCCAGCAUUUGCACAGACUUUUCAAACAACAUAGACUUCUACUUCACCCAGAUGCAGCAGAGGGUGCAGGUGCUCAAACGCUGGCUCUCCCCCGGCUCAUAGCAGAAUGCAUCUGCACACUCUCUCUUGUUCUUACUCUCUUUUCUUAUCUCCCUCCCUAUUAAAUCACAGAACAGUGAUUGCAUAGAAGGACCUAACAUAAGGCAUUACUUCAACCUCAAUGUGGCUGAAAUACCGCCGAUGGUCCCUGUGAAUUUGACCAAAGAUACAAGCUUCAGCGUGGUGGUGAAAUACCUGAAGCCAGUAGUAAGAGCUGUGCUGGAUUUGAAAGAUGAUUCUUCAACACUUCCCUUUUCACAGUAGCUGUAAAACAGAAGCUGUUGUCCUGUCGCUUUAUUUCCUGAUUAGCCACAGACAUGCAAAAGGAGAUGCUGAAGCGUGCCUGCUGAUUAAGCAGCCUGUCCAAAGGAAUGAUACAUCAUAUUGCCAUGGGUGAAAGCUUGGUUUUAAUGUAUUGACGAAGAAAAACAUAUAUAAAACAGAAGUCUUAACAUUUUAACAACAGUGUAAAAAAAUUUUUUUUUUUUUUGUUUUUUUUUUUUUUUUUUUUUUAAUAUCCUUUCAGGUUUUGUGUCCUGCUUGGACUGGGAAGGUAAUGGUCUAUGCGUUGCCUCUGUUCUGAACUGAUUAGCAGUUUCUAAGCAGCAGUGAUCUGUAAGCUCUCAGUUUUACAAAUGUAACUGAACUGGGAUAGGGAAGCAGUAUGUUAAACACUGGGCAUUAAAACUUCUUUGUUGGGGGGGCCCGGUAGCUGGUCAGAUUCUAAAUGCACAAUCAAGUUUGUAGUGUAGGAUUUUGUUCUAGAAUUCCAAGUACUGUAGUUACUACCCUGGUUGGUGGAAUGGCUUCAUUUUAUUUCUGUUUUAUUUGUUAUUCUUUUAUAAUAUUGAUGUUUUUCUUUAGGAUAUGCACUAACCUUGGUUUGGUUUUUUUCAGGGUUCACAGCGUAAAAACUCUUUGAAGAACCAAAAUGGCUUUUCACUGCAGUGGCUGUUUCACAGUCAACAAACUAUAAUCAAAAUAAAAAAGCAAAACCAUUUAAAAUGAAGCAAAAUGUCAGAAUAUGAACUGAAAGAAUUAGCUUUAGAAGCUUUAUAUAUAUAUUUUUUUUAUGUGUCUCUGGCUGGAUCAGUUGACAUACAUCUGCAAAUUGUGAGGUUUGAUCUAUUUAUUAAGUAUAAAGAGCUUUACGGAAAAGAUUUAAAAAAAAGAAUAAAAAAGGAUACUUUUUCUAUCAAAAUUGUAUUGAGGUGCAUGUCUCCCUCUGUUGUACUGUUUGAAAUUGAUGUGUAGUUUCUGUACUUUUGGGUUCUCACCUUUUGUGUUAAAUGAUCCACAAAAAAAAACAUGAUUUUUAUUUCCAUUUAAUAUUGCCAGACAUUGUCUUGUCUAGAGUCCAUACCACUAAAAUAUGUUAACUUGAAUAUAAUGUGCUAGAUGUCAACAGCAUAUCUAUGAUUUUAUUUUGGUAACAUUUAAAUUGCUCAACUGUGUAUAUCAUGUACCAAUAACUAAUGCAUCACCAUGUUUUAAUAGCUGUCCAGAUUAAAAAAAUAAAAUAAAAAAGUGUUGUAA